AUGUCUAAGACCUCUUUUGUUUCCAAAAGGCUGGACGAUACCAGAGCUCAAGCGAAGCCAAGGUCAACCAUGAAGAACCGCUCCAAAACCCUUACAGACUUGUUCGUCACCCCGCCAGUCACACGUUCUACCAAGAAGCUGAUCGAAUCCCUUCCUUUGAGCCGGAACGGACCAUCCAAGACUUUGGAUAUGGAACCGGUUGGAAGAAGACACACGAUUGACAACGGCGACGAGUUGAUGGAGUGUGCCGCGACGGUGGAGUUGGAGUACGGUGACGCCUCGAAAUAUCCGAACAGAAAGCCCAGGGCAAUGUCUGUGGACAUAGAGAUGUCAGACACCUCCAAUAGUAAGACCAUUAACUUGCCUCCCGCCCCGCCACUGAAUAAGCCAGCACUUUCAACUGCCAUGAGCCCUGUGAGCAAGAUCUCUGCUUCCUUUGCUACGUUUUCUGGUACAACGUUCCUACACAAAGUGAUGAUCAACGAGCCUGAAUACGCCCUCAAGGUUCACCUCAAUUCGUUGGGAGUUGGGUUCCUGCUUGGCGUCUGGAUUAUGUGGCUGAAAGAAGCCAUUUUGGAGUGUUGCAUUGUCUGGCUUGACUUUCUCAUUCACGCCCUUCGGUUGGGUCUCAUUGUCGGAGGGUUAUUCUUUGCCGUGAGAUAUGUUUUACCGAUGACAUUGGGGGUUAAGCAAGUGGAGGAUUUAUCUGGCGCUCUGGAAUUGGUGUCUGACUCUGCAUCACUCGCCGAGUCUCACGGCACUGAUCUCAGCCCCUCAUACAACCUACAAACUUCAUUGCCAAAGCUAAAUUCGAUAGUUAGCCCGAAGCGGAAGGCUCCGUAUAAGUCAACGAGUCCUAGGACGUCGAUACUCCUGGCGAGACCGCUUCGCAGUAUUCCAAGGCAUAGACUAGAAAUUCCGGCCCCUCCAGCUGCCACUUCCUCACCAAAGUUGAAGAUCAACAUGGACAAUCCUUUAAUCCAGCAAUUGUUGCAUGAACAGGAACGGUCACGAAGAAAGGGACUGUACCAUAGCGAAGUUGACUUGACCGAUAAUCAUAAGUUGAAGAAGAUUGAUUUCUCAGCGAAGCCUGUGCUUGAAGAUGAUUCUUUCUCUAUCCUUGAUAGCUCAAUCGCCUACAAUAACUUUGUCCAUGGACAUACCGCACAUGCCUAA